ACAACUUUCUGCAAAAGUUAAAAAAAAAAAGAAAAAGAAAAAGAAAAAUUCGAUCGCUUUAAGCAGAUACCUUACCAGAGGCCGGAGCUGACGAAACUCACUGCAGGUUUCGGAAAGUUCAAUUUAACCGAACUUCAUUACCUCAACUUUGGUGUUUCUGGUGAAGGUAGUGAAGAAGUUGAGCGAAGUUGGGGGUAUUUUGUUGGGAAAUGUGAGUUUGUGGAAUCAUGAGGAAAGGAACGAGGAAGGUGGGGAAAUAUGAAGUUGGACGAACAAUUGGUGAAGGAACCUUCGCCAAGGUUAAGUUUGCGCAGAACAGAGAGACAGGGGAGAGUGUAGCCGUGAAAGUUUUGGCUAAAAGUGCUAUUCUGAAGCAUAGAAUGGUUGAUCAGAUUAAGAGAGAGAUAUCCAUUAUGAAGAUCGUCAGGCACCCAAACAUAGUUAGGUUGCAUGAGGUUUUGGCAAGCCGGACGAAGAUAUAUAUUAUACUUGAGUUUGUGACAGGAGGAGAACUCUUCGAUAGAAUUGUUCACCAAGGAAGACUUUCUGAAAAUGAUUGUAGGCGAUUCUUUCAACAGCUUAUAGAUGCAGUUGCACAUUGUCACAAUAAGGGUGUGUACCAUAGAGACCUAAAGCCUGAAAAUCUUCUUCUUGAUUCCUAUGGAAAUUUGAAGGUUUCUGACUUUGGAUUGAGUGCAUUGCCCCAACAAGGAGUUGAACUUCUUCACACAACUUGUGGAACCCCAAAUUAUGUUGCCCCUGAGGUCCUCGGCCACAAAGGUUAUGAUGGUGCUGCUGCUGAUGUGUGGUCUUGUGGGGUAAUCCUGUUUGUUCUUAUGGCUGGAUAUCUUCCAUUUGAAGAGACAGACCUUCCGACCUUGUACCAUAAGAUAAAUGCUGCAGAAUAUUCUUGCCCAUAUUGGUUUUCAUCUGGGGUAAAGUCAUUGAUCCAUAAGAUACUUGAUCCAAAUCCCAAAACUCGUAUUCAGAUUGAAGGGAUUAGAAAAGAUCCAUGGUUCCGGAAAAACUAUUUGCCUGUCAAACAUAAUAAAGAAGAAGAAGUGAAUUUGGAUGAUGUUCAUGCUGUUUUUGACGACAUUGAGGAAGGUUAUGUGGCUGAGCAGCCAGAAAAUAAAGAGGGGGGUCCUCUGGUAAUGAAUGCAUUUGAGAUGAUUACACUAUCCCAGGGGUUGAAUCUAGCAGCAUUGUUUGACCGGCGACAGGAUUAUGUUAAACGGCAAACCCGUUUUGUAUCGCGCCAACCAGCAAAAGUUAUAAUUUCAAACGUUGAAGCUGUUGCAGAAUCUUUGAGUCUCAAGGUUCAUUCUCGUAAUUACAAGAUAAGAUUAGAAGGAGUAUCUGCUGGUAACGUUGGACAAUUUGCAGUCGUCCUGGAGGUUUUUGAAGUUGCACCAUCCCUUUUCAUGGUUGAUGUUCGGAAGGCUGCUGGAGAUACUCUUGAAUAUCACAAGUUCUACAAGAAUCUAUGUUCUAAACUAGAAAAUAUCAUUUGGAAACCGGAGGGUUCCAGUCUGCUUAGAACAAAGACUUGUUGAUCCUUUGGUGUGGGUGUGACGCAAAUCUGUUAGCAGACAAGCCCAAGGAAGCUCUCUUUCCUCAAAAUGAGCGCCCUUGUAAUAUUUAUGUGUGCUUCAUGUGUGAAUUUGUUUUAAAGUCGACGAUCUCCUUUAUCAGAUAUGACCAUAUUGUUUCUUUGUAGUAUGUAAAUGGCCAAGUCCUCUUGGGAGACCUGUGUAUUAUAGGGGCUUUUGUUGUGAAAAAUCGCAUUCUCAUGCCUCACAUAGUUUAAGAGUAAUAGGGAAAUAAUGCAAUGUAAUUAUCAUGUAUACCAGUAAGCAAUAUGAAAAAUGUCAUGCAACGUACUUGCCACUUGUUUGAUCUUCC